AUGGGUACUCCUGGCUCGGCGUCCCCCGCCCCCUCUCACUUAUCCGACUACUUUCAGUCGCAUCAUGGGAGAGACAACAGUCAGAGUACGAGCACGCUUUCAUUCGAUCAAAAAUUUGGCUAUGAGAAUAGAGAAGAGCAAGCAGGAACUCCAGGAACUCCAGGAACCCGACAAUCAUUUUACGGCAAUAUCAACAAUGGAGGACCCGUACAGCGCCGAUCAUUCGCGCAAACGUUUGCGCAGGGAAUCCGCCGAUAUCCCACGCGAAAAAUUAAGCUCGUGCAAGGUUAUGUCCUAAGCGCGGAUUACCCGGUGCCAAGCGCAAUUCAAAAUGCGAUGGAGAAGAAAUAUCGAGAAUCGGAAGAAUUUACCGAGGAGUUCUCUCACAUGCGCUACACGGCGGCAACUUGCGACCCUGAUGAAUUCGUUAUGCGAAAUGGUUACAACCUUCGCCCUGCAAUGUAUAGUCGGCAUACCGAAUUGAUGAUUGGUAUUACCUGCAAGAGUGAGAACAAGGUUCUUACAGCACGGACUUUGCAUGGAGUUAUGCAGAAUAUCCGCGACAUCACUAGUCUCAGAAAGUCUGAGUUUUGGAAUAAGGGUGGACCGGCUUGGCAAAAGAUCGUUUGUUGUAUGGUUUUCGAUGGAAUUGACCCUUGCGACAAGAAUACCUUGGAUGUGUUAGCGACUAUUGGUGUUUACCAGGAGGGUAUUAUGAAGAAAUCCGUUGAUGGCCGAGAGACCGUCGCACACAUCUUCGAAUACACUACACAACUGUCCGUUACCCCGGAUCAACAACUGGUUCGACCACAGGGGGAGGAAGCAACAAAUCUUCCACCCGUGCAGAUGAUUUUGUGUUUGAAGCAGCAGACCAGUAACAAAAUCAACUCUCACCGUUGGCUGUUCAACGGUUUUUGUCGCAUGUUGAACCCGGAGGUGGUUGUUCUUCUUGAUGCAGGUACCAAACCCGAUAGGAGAUCUUUACUUAGCUUAUGGCAAGCAUUCUACAACGAUGAGAAUCUCGGUGGAUCCUGCGGUGAAACACGUGCGUUGCGCGAUAAGCGAUCCAUGAUCAACCCGUUCGUCGCGGCCCAGACCUUCGACUACAUGAGAUCCAAUAUCCUCGACAAACCUUUAGAAAGUGUGUUUGGUCAUGUUUCCCUCGGCGCGUUCUCAGCAUACCGAUACCGAGCUAUCAUGGGCCGCCCAUUGGAACAGUACUUUAAUGGAGACAUUGUUCUUACAAAGAAGCUCGGUAAAAAGGGUAUCGAGGGAAUGAGCAUUUUCAAGAAGAAUAUGUUUUUCGCCGGAGAUCGUAUUUUGUCCUUUGAAUUGGUUGCCAAGGCAGGAUCGAAGUGGCAUUUGUCUUUUGUUAAAUCCGCGAAGAGUGAAGCUGAGGUUCCAAAAGACUUCACGGAUUUCAUCAACCAGAAACGACAGUGGUUGAAUGGUUCGUUUGCUGCGAAUCUGUACGCUUUGAUUCAUUCUACGCGCAUAUUGAGGAGUCGGCAUAAUGUCCUUAGAUUGAUGCUCUUCUAUCUGCAAAUGGUUUAUGAUUUUGCGAACUUGGUAUUGGUCUGGUUUUCGCUCGCCUCAUUCUGGUUGAUAACCACGGCUAUCAUGGACCUCGUGGGCACCUCAGGCUCAUGGAAUAGUAAUGAUGCGUGGCCAUUUGGAAAUGAAGCCUCUCCGAUCGUGCAUACAUUUUUCAAAUACGGCUAUGUUGUUUUUCUGCUUCUACAAUUCAUCUUGUCUCUCGGAAAUCGGCCUAAAGGUUCCCGUCUGCUCUACCUCCUCACCUUUAUGUACUUCGCUUUCAUCCAGCUCUACGUGACAGUCCUGGCAUUCUACGUCGUCGGCAACAACACAAACGGCAACUUCAACAUCGACAUCGACGAAAACGCCAUCCAGUCAGAGACAUGGAAUGUCUCAGCUUCGAAUAUGGUCCUGGUCUCCAUCGUCGGUACAUAUGGUGUUCACAUCGCCGCCAGUCUCCUCUACAUGGACCCGUGGCACGUACUUACAUCAUCCUGGGCUUACUACGCUGGAACGAUCUGCUCAACGAACAUCAUGAUGGUCUAUGCCUUUUGCAACUGGCACGAUGUUUCCCUGGGCACACCAAUCAAAGACAAACAGCAGAACCUCCCCGAAGCACAGAUCAAGAAAGAUGGAAAAUCAAAGGUCAUUGAAGAAGUGGAUCGUCCCCAGAUCGACAUCGACUCCACGUUCGAAACGACAGUUAAGCGGGCUCUUGCGCCAUUUGAGGCACCCCCUGAAGAAAAGGACAAGAACAUUGACGAUUCGUACAAGUUUUUCCGGACGAAUCUUGUGCUGUUGUGGGCUUUCAGCAACAUCAUUCUGGUUCUUAUCAUGGACUCCACGGGUAUUCAUAGGUUCUGUCUUAUGGAUGGUCCUAGUGCCCGUGUGUGGAGCUAUGUUAUGGCUGUUGUUUGGGGAACUGUUGGUCUGUCUCUUCUCCGGUUUGCUGGGUCCCUUUGGUUCCUGGCGCAGUCUGGGGUUCUCAGUUGCUUUCAUAAGCGUUGA